AUGCUAAUCCAUUACACUGCAACACUAGAUGAUGCAGCAGCCCUUGCCUUGAAAGUAGAUCAAUCCUUGAUAUACAACUACAUAGCACUGAUGAGGCUUGGAUUCUUUGAUGGUGACCCUAAAUUGCUCCAGUUUGGAAAACUUGGUCCCUCUGAUGUGUGGAGCAACGAUCACAAGAAUUUGGCACUUGAUACUGCUAAGCAUAGCAUAAACUUGGCUAUUGUUGGACCUAAUGCAUAUGCCACAGAAGUUUUGAUAAGCAACUAUCAUGGCAUACCAUGUAGCUAUACAAGCACUUUUCAAGGGCUACAGAAGUAUGUCUCCACUGUGAAAUAUGAGCCUGGGUGUAACGGUGGGAAAUGUGAUGAUGAGAGCCUUGUUGGGGCAGCGGCUACCAGGGUUUUAAGAAAAGCUUGUAAACCAAAUGGUCCAAUUGAUGUUUCUUUUGCCAAACAUGUGAGAAAAAUAGGAGGGAUAAUUUGGGUAGGAUAUCCAGGUCAAGCUGAAGGAGAUGCCAUAGCUCAAGUCAUAUUUGGAGGCUACAAUCCAGCACCUUCCACUGCGCUCAUCCACUCAACUCCCAUUUCCAGCCCACAUGCUAACCUUCUUGUUUCCCACUCCACCGCUCAACCGGUUUUGGAUCCUGCUUCUAGAGGCCUUUUUAUUGACAUAUCAAGGGUGCAGUGCCAGAAACUAAACUUUGAUCUAGUUGUUGGGGGUGAAGAACAACGGGCCGAGGGACAGAGGCCACGUGGUCUAGUGUUCUGGAAACCGACAAACUCAGGAAGGUUGGUUGGAGCACCAAACUUGCAGCUGUUGGAUUUUCACAUGGUGGAGUUGAAGAACAGGUAG